AUGUGCUCCCUGCCCCGCGGCUUCGAGCCCCCAGUUCCUGAGGACGUGGGGCGGCAGAGUUUGGCGGAGCUGCAGGAGAGGUUGAGGCGCCAGGAGAGACUUUUGAGCAAAGAAAAAUUCAUUUGCAAAUUGCCCGACAAAGGUAAAAAUAUCUCAGACGACGCCACUGCCAAACUGAAAGCUGCCAUUUCAGAAAGUGAAGAGGUCAGAGGGAGAACUGAACUACUUCAUCCUGUUAGUGUUGACUGUAAGCUAAGGCAUAAAGCAACCACAAGAGUUGAUACCGACAUAGACAAGGCCCAGAAUUCUGACCUGAUGCUUGAUACUUCAUCAUUAGUUCCUGAAUGUCCGUCAGUAGACAUUGAAUCAUCUAAAACAACCUCAGAAACUCAGGGACCUACACAGCUCACUCACAAAGGCAAUGAAGAGACUUUGGAGACUGGCUGCACAGUGAGUACCAGCCUGUCUGUCCUCAUCACAGCCCAGGCUCCCCCAUCUGAAGUUAAUAAACAUCUCCCCCAGCAUUCAAGUCAAGCAGAAGAGGUUUCCAGCAGCGUCGACAGUCUGUUUAUCACUAAAUUGCAAAAGAUCACAACUGCAGACCAGACCGAACCCUCAGAAGAAAACACCAGCACUGAGAACUUUCCAGAACUGCAGAGUGAGACUCCUAAGAAGCCUCAUUACAUGACAGUGCUAGAAAUGCGAGCUAGAAACCCAGUGCCCCCUCCUCAUAAGUUUAAGACCAAUGUGUUACCCACACAACAGAGUGACUCACCAAGUCAUUGUCAGAGGGCUCAGUCUCCUGCUUCCUCAGAAGAGCAGCGAAGCAGGGCUAGGCAGCAUCUUGAUGAUGUCACAGCAGCUCGCCUUCUUCUGCUCCACCCCCUGCCUGCACAGCUGCUCUCCAUAGAAGAGUCCCUGGCUCUGCAGAAAGAGCAGAAGCAGAAUUAUGAGGAGAUGCGGGCAAAGCUCGCAGCACAGAAACUAGCCGAGAGACUGAAUAUUACAAUGCAGAGCUACAAUCCAGAAGGGGAGUCUUCAGGGAGAUACCGAGAAGUGAGGGAUGAAGAUGAUGCCCAGUCCUCGGACAAAUGCUGAAAAUGAGCGCUGGGAGAUCCCGGGAGUCGACUGUUGAGCUUACAUUGUCUCAUCGAACUUCCUAACAAGUACCAAGACAGUGUCAGACCUUGUUGAGGGACAGCAGUUGAAGUUACACAAAGGUAGCUACAAAAUAAGAACCCAGUUUGUCUUUCAGAAGAUGAUCUUCACAUGCUUGAACAGUUCAAUAUUUGAACAUUGUGUUUGGCCGUAUUGUGUUACAGUUUUGCAGUAUAUUGUGCAUUGGUCUGAUAUUUUAGUGUGAGUAGAACACACGUUUUCUUUAAGAUAUCUGCUUUUUCCUUCUUCGUAUUCUUAUCAGAUAGCACUGCUUACACCCCUUCUGGUGAAAUACUUUGUUAUUCCAGGCACCUAAAGUGAAUUAGGAAGGCCUGGUCCCCUCACUCAAGAAAUGAGGGGAGCAGUCUAAAGAAUGGUACGCAUGCUUGCAUGGACAGGUUCCUGAGACGCUGGAUGUGAAAUGCCGCACACAACACUCGGGAACCACCACCACUGUGUCUGCUGCUCUGUCCUCUCUUGGGGCGACUGCUGUCACCUGUGAUGAGGUUAAGGAGCACUUGGAAGAAGUGCUGGGUGGGGAGGGUCUUCUGAGCUGGUGUGGGGAGCUGCUCCUGGCUGCCCUAGGCUUGAACUCAUUGCCAUCUGGGAUGAUAGGUCCCUGUACAGGACACUCGUGCUUGGUAAGGAAACCGGUGUUUUUCUAAGUGUUACAGUUGAAUUGUCAGUAUAUUGCAUUUUCCCUCGUUAAACCCACAGAGGUGUUUACAGGCUGCAGAAACCUCAGUCCUGUAUGUGCACAUUUGUGCUGUUUAAAAUGAUUAUAUGAUCAUUUUCAGCAAAGAUAACAAUGUUAUCAAAAAGCCUUUGUCUAUUAUGUGGAACUUGUAAAGGAGAAAUAAAAUACCAAUCAGAGCAAAAAAAAAAAAACCAUUUUGUCAAUGAUAUCAUAUUGUACAUAUUACUGGUAUAGAAUACCAUCCACAAGGACAAGCUUUUGUUGAAAGAGUUCACCAUACCCUGAAAUGACAAAUUAUAAAAUUAAAAAGGAGGAAAAGAGAUGACCUUACACAGCCUGAAUGGGGUUGGCAUACCAGUCCCAGAGUAAUAUUGGCAUAAGCAUUAUUUUUUAUUAAUCUUCUUAAUUUACCACAAGGUGAAGUUAUAUAAAGAGCAGAUAGACUCUUUAUUGGACUUCUCCCUGAUGGCAUGGAACAGAAAAUAUGGAUAAAAAUUGCCCGAGAUGCUGAAUGACAGGAAGGUACAUUACUGUAUGUAGGGGAGAGGGUUUUGUCUCCUUACAGGAUGGGGGACAAUUCUGGUUACCCGGGAGACGGAUCCAAGCACAGAAUGAUAAGAACCGCUCCCUACCCUCAGAAGAAGCCAGUUAAACCAGCUACAUUCUCUCCUGAUGGAUGUUCUCCGGAGAUGAAGGAGGUGUCCUCCAUUACUGAGGCCCUGGCUUCUCUUAGUGUCGCCAAACGACAACGGAGAAGGAUCGAUGCAGUGACAACCCCAUUACCUAGGUGAAGCGAUUAAGCCCUGAAAGGAAAACUAUGUUGUCUCCUACAGGAAGUCCUUUACUGCUGAGCACGUAUUGUUAGCAGUGUGUGCUUUACUCACGGUUUCUUCUGUUGCGGCCAAUGCGAGUUAUCAGGCUUAUAUUCCUUGUCCACCUUUAUUUGAACCUGCUACUUGGCGGGCAAACAGAUGUAGUUUUACACACCACCCCAAGCAUUUUAUCAUCUCUUUGGAAUAAUUUGACCUUUUGAAUAGACGUGAUGGAGCUUUGUAUAAUUUUCCUUGUGCUGGAUUAAAGAUGCCUUUGUGUUUAGGAAAGAGACCAGGCCUACAAAUGGGUUAUUAAAAUUGGCGAUUACCAGGAAUAAUUGUUACAGGCUCCAGGAUUGACAGCUUGGUCUAUAACCAAAAUUGGAAUAACAUUACAUUUGUUAGCGAGCCAGUAUAUCCUACUUGUGCUUGGUUUACUUAUGUAGGCUUAAAAUAUCUCCCAUGCAAUUGGAAAUAUUGCCCUGGUAUGUUUGGAAAAAUUAUUCAAGAUAAAUGAAUAAAUUGGGGUCCUUAUGGCCAAUUAUUAAUACAUGUUCAGAAUGGAAUGUUACCACUUGUGAUUUGUCAAAUGUUACCAGGAUGAACUGAGAGGAGAAUGAACGCCUUAAUGGAUGCUUGCUGAUGGAAUGUAGAGAUGGAGGCAUUGCUGAUGUUCGACUGGCCUCUGUGGAAGAUCCUACUGCGUUUCAAGCUCAUUUGUGGAAGACUGUCACUGCAUUAAAAGAAGCUGUGCUUGCUAAUGGAAGCUUUUCUGGGACUGCUCAAUCUGCCUCUCAGUAUAAUUUUACAACAUUUAAGAAAGAAAAGGUUACUACUUGUAUUCCUAUGCCAUAUUUCUUUUUAAUAGGUAGAUUUAAUUUUGCUAAUGGAUUUGCUUGUACUGUCAUUAGUAUUCAUGUAUUGAUUCAUCUAUUCAGUUUAAUAUAAAUCAAUAUUCUAUUAUGAUAUUCAGCAAAAAAUAUAUGUAUGGAUGCCUGUUAAUUUGAGACAUCAAUGGGCUCAAGAUCCUCUUAAUUAUAUGAUUAUUGAAUUUUUUAAUAAUCUGCUGAGGAACAGUAAAAGAAUUAUUGGAGUUUAUAGCUACUAUUUUAAGCCUUAUUUCUGUUGCUACUUUGGCAGCCAUUUCCAGCAUAGCAUUAAAAACAUCUAUGGAGACAAAGCAUUUUGUUGAAGACUGGCAUAAAGAUUCACAUGAGUUAUGGAUAGAGCAAACUAAAACUGAUACUAGACUUCAACAUCAAGUAGAUGUUUCAAAACAAACAGUAGAAUGGUUGGGUCGAAAGAAGUUAUUCAUUGAAAAAUAUGAGGAUUUAAGAUAUGAUUGAAAUCCUACUACUUUUGUGUUAAUAAAUAUAUGGAUAAUGAUACAGAACAUGAUUGGAAGUUAAUUCAAGCCUAUUUAGAAGGUAAUGAAAGUGCUACAAAAGUAAUUAAUGCCUUGAAAUACGAUGCUCGAAUGUCUUUUGGUAAACAGCUAGAAGAUACUACCCCUAUGUAAAUAGCUAAAUUAUUGGAUGAUCAAUUGACAGGAUUAGAUCCCAAGGCUUGGCUUCAAAGGAUUUUCCAUAGCAUGGGAGGAGCUAGUUUUGCCAUAAUCUUAUGUACAUUAUGUAUUAUGUUGCUUUAUUUUUACAUGAUUAAACCCCUACAAGUACAU